CCGAAACUACAAAACACCGGAUCGUUAUCCUUUAUUACUUCCUCUUUCGAUUUAAAAUAAAGAAAUAUUAAAGGCGUUCAGAAGGAAGCAUUUUGUAUUUUUAUGAAUAAUAAGUCAUUCAAGAGAGAAAUAUAAUGUCGAAAUUAAAGGACGAUUUUCUUCUUGUCGCCGCAAUUGACUUUGGCACAGCAUUUUCCGGAUAUGCUUUUUCUACAAAAGAAGAUUUUAAGGCAAACCCACUCCAGAUUCAUUCAAACACAUGGAUUGGAGGUACAUUAAUGUCACUGAAGACCUCUACGUGUAUCAUGUUCGACAAAGACAAGAAGUUCUACAAAUUCGGUUUCGAGGCAGAAGAUGCUUACAGCGAACUUGCCGAAGACGACAAACACAAAGACUAUUAUUAUUUUCGACGCUUCAAAAUGGAGCUAUUUAACCGCUUGAAACUGAAACGUCGAUUUAUGCUUGAUGAUGUGAUGGGCAAGAAAAUGCCUGCGAUUGACGUCUUUUCCGCGUGUAUAAAGUACUUGAAAGACCAUCUCUUAGACCAGGUUCGUAAACCGAUACCUGACGCCAGGGAAAACGAUAUUCGCUGGGUUCUGACAGUGCCGGCAAUAUGGAAUGAUGUAGCCAAGCAAUUCAUGCGUGAAGCAGCUGAAAAGGCUGGUAUGACAGAUGAAAACCUAUUAAUCGCUUUGGAGCCAGAGGCGGCGUCAUUAUGCUGCAGGCAUUUACCGAUGUCAGCGCUGAAAGGAAGCCAGACAUUCAUGCCCUUUCAACCGAACACAAAAUACCUCGUUUUUGACGCCGGUGGCGGUACGGUUGAUAUUACUGUUCAUGAAGUGACGUCUAGUGGUGGGUUAAAGGAAAUGUAUGCAGCCACUGGCGGAGACUGGGGUGGGACGUACGUUGAUAAAGCCUUUAGGCUCUUCUUGGCUGAGCUAUGUGGUAAUGACGUCAUGGCCGAUCUAGAAGCGACACAGACAGCAGAUUACAUUGACAUAUUUAGGUCAUUUGAAAUUAUUAAGAGAAAGUUCAGUCCUGGCAUGCAGGAUAAAGUCACAAUAAAGGUACCGUCGGCUUUAAACGACAUUUUCAAGGCAAAGCACGGGAAAGACCUCAAAGUACAUAUAAAUUCAAUGGCGGAGUACAAGGGAAAAGUAACCUGGAUGGGUGACAAGAUUAGAUUAGAGCCAGCUGUUGCAGAAAGCUUUUUCAAAGAUGCUUGCGAAAAAGCGGCUUCUCACCUAAAAAACUUGUUUUCCAAAUCAGAAUUAAAAGAUGUCAAGACGAUUCUGAUGGUUGGAGGCUUUUCAGAGUCUGUUCUUCUACAGAAAGUAAUAAAAGAUGCAACGUCUUCAGACAAGAAGAUCAUCAUUCCAAAUGACGCUGGUCUUGCUAUUCUUAAAGGCGCAGUCGUUUUCGGUCACAAUCCAUUAAUCAUAAAAGAGAGGCGAUCUAGGUACACAUAUGGAGUUGGAACGUCGAUUCUUUUUAAGAAAGGUUCUCACCCUGAAGCAAAUAAGAUAACAGGCAACGAUGGGAAAGAAUAUUGCACAAACAUCUUUGGCAAGCACGUUGAGAUUGGUCAGGAAUUGGUGUUUGGCCAAAACAACGUGGCCAAGUCAUACACUCCAGUUAAUGCUGAUCAAACUCAGAUUGGCUUUCGAUUCUUCGCUUCGACGGACAAAGAUCCGAUGUACGUUACAGAUCCUAACUGCACAGAUAUCGGCAACCUAACCGUCGAUUUGGCAGGAUCUGGUACUGACCGCUCAGUUAACGUUAAUAUGAUUUUCGGCGACACUGAGCUACAUGUUGAAGCGGUCGAGGUCGCGAAUGGGAAGAAGUCAAAGUGCGUCUUGAAUUUUCUCGGGUAGCGAUGCGAUGAUGGAGUUCAGUCUUCGUAUGAAAGAAGAAUAUACACGCAUGAUUUCGAGUUAUAUAUAGACACAAUUAUUACAAUACAUUCAAGAGUUAGAUUUUACAUUAAAAUAGGUAGCACGCUGAAAUUUAUCUCAAAACAUGCAUACAAAAUUAUUAUUGUGCUAAAAUGUUGUGUGUUUUUUUCAUAUAAAUUUUCCAUAUAAAACAUAAUUCUAUUU